AUGAUUAGGGACCAAAUGUUGUUGCCAUCCCAUCGAUUCAUCCUCGCUGACGUCAAAACUGACAAACUUGGACACCCGCUUGUGGAUGGGCGUUCAACAGUUAGUGCAUUCAUCACUCAUGUUGUCUUUAUGGUGUCGCAGGUGGAAAAAAUCAACAAGCUUGCCUGGUUAUACAGCACAGGCAAGCUUAGCUCUGACCAGCGCACCCUUAUCUUCUGUAACUCACGUCACAAUGUGGCAUACGUCUGUGAGCGGCUGCAGCAACUUGUGCCCCCUCUGCACGUAACGACACUCACUUCUCGUUCCUCAGCAACAGCGAAGAUGGGAACGCUAAAACUUUUCCGAAGCGGUGUCUCAACAUGUCUGGUGUGCACUGACAUUCUCAGUCGUGGGAUUGACUUUGAAAAUGUUGUAUACGUCGUUCACUACGAUACUCCGCUGGAAUUUGACACCUGGGUUCACCGCAGUGGGCGCUGUGGCCGGCACGGGGUGCCUGGUUACUGUUACACGUUCUUCCAGCCAGAGAGCAUCAACAUUGCUAAGCCGUUGGUGGCCCAUCUAAAGCAAACCCGACAGCUGAUUCCACCGAAGCUGCAAGAGUACGCGAAUCAGUCACUUGUUGACACGUUUAAGAGCUCCUUGUUUUACCACCCAACACGAUCGUACCGUUCAAGUGACCCACAGCGGCAGCACCCUGUAAUGGGGCGCGGGACGCCACGCUUCCCUGACUACAAACAGGACCGGUUGAAUCAAAAUUUCCGUCCUCUUUAG